AGUGUCGUGGCUCGAUGUCAAGAUAAGAGUACCGGAUAAUUAUUGCGAAGAGGAUGAGGGAAAGAGGAUGUUCACGAGUUUGAGGCUGUGUUGCGCAGCCUCGUCACUCUUUGCAGUCACAUGAUCAUUAAGGCGCCCAACGAGGCAAACUCUGGCUGCCUAAUUAUCGCAGCCGAACUUUUCAACACCAGGCUGAAAUCUUGACAACUGGCGUUUCAACUUGGCCCUACCACCGCAAUACCUUCUCUGCGAGAGUGUUGUGAUAUUCAUUUCCGCGAUUGAACGAUCUUUGAAACUUUUAUGUCCGUGCUCUAUUUUCGAGGCCUUCUCGUUCAAUCGAACCCGCAGUCUCAGCCUCUGGGCAUAAGCUGCCAACAUGACGCCAAGUCCGCCAGUUCCUCCACCGAACGGAUUCGAAAGAGCUCUGAAAGACUUUAAGAGUCGAUUGAAGGAUUCAGAAAAGGCCAAGUUCAAGGCUACAACUCUAGACGAUCUGAAAGUAACUAUCCUGGCUAUCCAAUCAGAGCAAAGAUCUCGAAAGAAGAUGAUGCACAUGGGGAGAAUCAUAUCUUUCCUUGAAGCUAUGGAACAGUUUGGGAAAGUGAUCGAAAUCUUUCUAAACGUUGCUGACAUGCUCGCGUUUGUCUGGGGGCCAGUGAAGCUACUCCUACUGACUGCAGCUUGCUGGUCCGAGUCUUUUGACGCUCUCUUGGAUGCCUAUCAGCUCAUAGCCGAGAAUUUUCCCAUCCUAGAAGGCUAUCAGUCGACUUUUGCAGAGAGCGAUAGAAUGCAAACUGUUCUUGAAUGCGCUUGGUCUGACAUUCUUGAUUUCCACAUCCAGGCACUUCGCAUAUUCGAGCAAUCAAUGCUGCGGCAGUUUUUUCGAUCGUUGUGGAAAGACUUCAAAAGUAGAUUCCAAGGGAUCCUCGACGACUUGAAGCGACAGAAGGACAUCGUACAGAGUCAUGCACAGCAAUUACAUAUCCACAACUAUGAGGUGGAUCGACGAAAGAUUUUUGCAGAGUUUGAGCAGGCAAGAUUGAAAAUAUCUGCGGAGAAGCAAGCAUUCGUGGUACAAUGGAUUGCGGCACCUCGAACAAUCUUGCAUCACGAGUCUCUGUGCCAAAUUCGACAAGAGCAUUACGAAGCUACGCAGAGGAGGACUGGGCAAUGGAUUCUCAACCACGAAGAAAUCAAGGCUUGGCUGGCACCACAGGUCCCUAAAUCCUCAUUCUUUUGGAUCUCAGCAAUGGCUGGAGCUGGCAAAAGCGUUCUCGCUUCAGUCGUGAUAGAAGAAAUCGCGGACAAAAAAACUGUGCCAAUUGCGUUCUUCUAUUGCAAGAACGGAGAUCAAGAAAAAAAGACGCUCAUUUCACUCAUGAAAGCUGUUUUGAGUCAGUUGGUCACGCAACAGGAUCACCUCAUUCCAUACUACCAUGAUGAGGGAGUUCGCAGCGGAGAGGUCUCGUUGCAAUCUACUAAACUGUGCAAAAGCCUUCUCCGGCAUAUGCUGCUAAACAUUCCCAAGGCAUUCCUUGUCAUUGACGGCCUAGACGAAUGUGAUGAUACCGAAAGAAGAUUGAUUCUGGAUUUUCUAAGCGAAGUGAUCAAUCUUUGCGACAGCAAAACCCCAGGGAAGGUUCGAGUCCUAAUCCUAAGCCGGGAUGAGCCGGAUAUCAGAAGGGCACUCGCAAUCGCAACAGUGAUCAGAAUCGGCCGCCAAGACACGCUACAAGAUAUCGAAUCUUACAUUCAGUAUCAUGCUAGUCAGGUACAGCAAAAAUUCAAGCUGCCUGAUGUCGACCGGGAAUACAUUGAACAAAAUGUGCUCGACAAAUCAGACGGAAUGUUUCUUUAUGCAAAACUAGUUAUGGCGAAUCUUGAGGGCCAGCCAAGUCUGCACUUGCUCCGUGAGGAGUUCCACACCCUCCCCAAAGGUCUUGGCGAAGCAUACGGCCGGAACCUGUAUCGUAUUCAGAAUAACCCUCGCGAAAAUGAGAGAGAGAUAGCUCGAAGGAUUCUUUCUUUGAUGAUCUGCUGCAAGCGGCCUCUGAGAUGGCGAGAACUUCAGUCAGCAAUUUCCAUCGACCCUAUAAAUCAGGUCGUCGACGCUGCUCAAAGACUAUCCAUACAUGUUAGGGAUAUUUGUGGUUCUCUCAUUGAAGUCCUUCCGGGGGACCAAGUCGAAUUUGUUCACAUCACUGCAUGCAUGUACAUUGAAGAAUUGGGCUACAUAUCGCGGUUCAUGGCAGAGCAGUCGAUGUCUGUCCUCUGCCUGCACUACCUGAGCUUUGAGUGUUUCGAAGAAAAGAAUGAGGAUGUGCUCCUGGGCUUUGUCAACGAAGGCUACUUCGCAUUCCAGGACUACGCAAUCGCUCACUGGCCGGAUCACCUCCUC